GAAGAAAAAUUUUCAUGAGAUAGUAGAAGCAAGAGCUCAGGUCAUGCAGCAGAAUGUGUUAGAGAAGGAUAGCCUGAAGAAGGAACAAGAAAAGAAGACUGCAAAAAAUCUCCCUAGGGAUGACUUGGCCAAAAACUGGUUUAAUAUUGAAAGCAUGACACUAAGUCCCCGGGCAUACUUGCUGGACAAGCUUCUACCCACCUUGAUUCCGGGAGUAGAACAAAUGUUAAUGCAGGUAGAAAAGAAGAAACUCUUGAGCCGAGCUGACAUCCCAACCAAGUUUGAUCCAAUUAAUUAUUUGGGGGAAUAUUUAAUGAGAAAUAAUACUCACUAUAUCAAAGACCCAGGAAUGUCUGGUUACCAGAGGGUGAUGAAAGAAGUCACAGAAAAGCUGAAGAUACACGUGCCCGGUACAAUCAGCAACAGAGUAUCCAUCAUGAAGGAGAAAGUUAAGCAAAAGAGAGAACAAAGAGAAUAUAUCAGCACAGUCAAAGUCAAGGUGGCCACCAUGAGAAAGCAGGCUCUGGAGGAACAGUUCAGUGAAUGGAUUCUCAACCCCAGCGGGAUGAUUCCUAUAGUCGUGUACAUCUCUUCACACGUUGCAAACUUGAAAAGUGAAGUUUUUGAGAAACUCAUUAAACACCUUUGCCACUAUGCAGAAGGAUUCCGGGAGAUCAUAAAAACUGACAUGCGGAGACAGAUGUUUGCUGAACUCUUCCUGCACUGUGACAGUGGAAAGGUGAAGGCCUUGGAUCGGCAGAGGACACUGGCCUUGCUGGAAACAUUCUAUGAUCAAAGCUCACAAGCUACAAGGAGUUUACUCCGAAACCCAAGACAAUGGCCAUUAAUUGAAUUUGAGGAGAUAGAGUUGCCUGAGUUCUGGGGAGAUAUGGAUAUUAAGAAGCAUAUUUAUGAAGACUUUGAUGAGGUGCUCUUAAAGAUGAAUGAGUUAAUGGCUGAAAAACUUGCUAGCAAACUCCAAGAAAACGAAGAUGAAAAUCUCCCACAACAGCAGAGAGAGACAAGUCCAGACCAAGAACCAUCCCCAGAACCAUCCCCAGAGCCAGGAACUUCAGAACAAAGAGCCAGCAAAGAACAGAGACCCCACAAAAAGUCUCUUACAGGACAAGGACAGGGCAAAGGGUCGCGCAAAUCAUCCAAUUCAGGACAAGGAUCUCGCAAAACGUCAGUAGCAGAGCCAAGAUCACGCAGAGGAGGGUCAGUUGCAGAGCAAGGGUCCCGCAGAAGCUCCGCAGACGAACAGGAGCCACAGACAGGGCAAGACCAAAACAGUGAUUCCGUGUCAGAACAAGAACCACACAGAUGGUCAGUCAUAGAGGAAGAAGGAUCACAGAGAGGAUCAAUUUCAGAACUGGCGCAACGCAGAGCAUCAAUGGCAGAACAGCGCAAAAGGUCAUCUGUAGAUACUGGGUCUCGUAGGAGUUCAGAAGCUGGGUCGCGCAAAGGAUCACUGAUAGACCAAGGACAGCACAAAGGAACUGGAGGUGAGCGCAAAGGCUCAGCGGGACUUAGAACGUCGACUUCAGAGUAUGAAACUCUUAAAGAGUCCAUAAUAGAAGAGCCACAGUAUGAGUCAGAACAAGGACCACCAACAGACACCAUGCCAGAAGAAGAGGACGCAGACUCAACCUCACAAUUAGAAGAAAGCGGCACCUUAAAAGAAAGUGAAUCCUCGAAAUUCGAUAAAAUGGAAUCUCAAGAAGAAAAGCCUUUGCCGACCAUAAAAGAAGAGCAAGCUGCCAUGGAUUCCCAACAGCAUGAGGAAGUUCCCGCAAACAUCAAAAAGCCAGGGAGCAGCAAAAAAGAUCACCUUCCAGUAGGAGCUUCAAAAAAGGACUUAGAGAAAGACAAAGCCUGCGAACCGAAGCCCCAACACAUAGAAGGAAAAUCCUGGUCAGGUGAAUUUUUGGGCUGUGACUGGAAGACACAAUCUGAAGAUGAAGAGCAGGCAAAAUUAAUCUACGGUGACUCCAGAUUCACAGACCUCCAUGCGAUUGUUAGGAACAUUCAGAGUUACAAGGAAAUAAAAGGGAGGAGUGCCUUCGAUGGAGUUUCCCUCAACUUGCUGCAGUUUGUGCAACUCCUAGAGACAUUUGUCGGUGAAGACACCCCCUUAAGUGUCAGCCAGAGUCUCGCCUCCUUUUUUCAGAAGAAGUAUUUUGAAACAAAACAAGAGAAGAUGAAAGCCUUAGAACAGGCUAGACAAAAUGCUUUCCAAGUCCGACGGGUACUUCUUCUAGAAGCCCUCUUCCAGAAAUGGGACAAUGACAGCUCAGGCUUUCUGAGUCUGAAUGAAGUGGAUGAUCUCCUGUAUACAUACAAGGAGGGAAUGGAAAGAGAGUCUAUGAAGAAAGCUAAACUGCACAUCCAAUUUCCAAAGCUACAUCCUGGUCAUGAAAUAAAGUUGUCUUCAGAGCAGUUUCAGAAGUACAUAGAAUUGGUUGUGUCUGAACUCAGGGGCAAUGAGGACCAAGUUCUGGACAGUGUCGUGGAGUUUCUGAUGAGUUCUUUAGAGAGGAGCCACACUGAGGGUCUUAGGAACUGUGCAAGACGGAAGUGGCUCCAUCAGAUCCAACACGCGGCAGAGACAAGUGGGGUGUCCCUGGAGCCUGUGUAUGCCGAGACCUUCAGGGCCCUCACCCAGGAUGCUGAAGCUCAUGGAAAUAAGAAGAUCAGUGCUCACAUUUCCCUCUUAGAAGAAAACCUCCUCCUGCCAGAGAGAGGGGAUGUUCUCUUGAGGAAUGUGGCUUGUACGCUGGAUGAUGCUCCCUUUGUACUGAACAAAGUGCUCUACAGGGACAUGAAAGGAAUCAGUUUUACAGUAGUGGAUGAAGGCAAGCCAAUCCAUGUCCCACAAGUUCAGCACCAUGGGAACAUCUUCUUCUGGAAUAGUUCCCGCAGAAAGAGUGAGCGUCAUGGGUCAUUCCUGGCUCUGCCUCUUCAGGAUGCAUAUAUGAGGAUCUUUGGGGUCCUGGCAAUUGACACUCUUCGAGAUCCCCAUGAAAUAAACAUCUUCCUACAUCAUGAGAUCAAAUUCUAUCAAGGUGUUGCCAAGGUCUUCAGCACUGCCUAUCACCACGUUCACAGCAGGGAACACAUCCUGCACACUGUGAUCACUGGCAUCAGGUGGCUCUUCAGUAUCACAUCCGGCAUCGCCUCCAUCACUACGUACUUUAUUGAACCUAGCUCAGAACAGGAAGACUAUGUUUUACGCAAAAUGAUGGUUACAGAGUAUCUCGGUCUAACAGAAAUCUACACAGAACCCCCAACCAUUUCAAGGAAGUCGAGCAUCUUCAGAGAUUUUCUCUUCAAGUGCACAGACACUUCAGAAGUUAUUUUGGCUUCUACCAGUGGAGAAACCCACAUUGUAAUUCCACUUCGCCAAAGAACAAGAGAGGCAAUGGGAGUGCUCGAUGUUAACAUUGGCCAAGCUAGGAUGUUGAUAUAUCAAGAAUAUAAAGAUCUGCAGAAAAUGACGAAGAUGAUCCAAAAUGUCUGCAAUGAAAUACUGGGAGAAUUCUCUGGAGAAAUCAAUAAAAACGAGGUCAUAGAGAUGGAAAAAGCAGGAGAAGUCACCCGGGCAGGAAUUCUCUUCUUCCGGGUCAUGCUGCAGGAGCUUCGGGAAUGCCUCCAGCUCCUCACUUCCAUGGACUUCGUGGCUCUGCUGCUCUAUGAGCACAGACCUCGAGAGGACGUGACACUUUCUCCAGACGUCAGUUCCCAGGAUACAGACGCCAACGUGGCCCUUGUGCACGACAUCCUGAAAGGGUCUAUCUUGUUCUCUCAGCAAGUGAUAGAAACUUCCAGUGAUUUGAAAGAGUGGGAAAAGUGGAAGUUUUACAUUAACAAGUACUUAGUUGAGGAUCUUUGUGUGUUUGAUCCAACUGCUAUCAAUCUGAACAUUAAUGUACAGCUUGUCAUGGACUACGUCCAAGAUCAUUCUCGAACUGAAGUAUGGAAAUUUGGCAAUCUUGUUAUUGAAAUCCUGUACCAUUGGUUACACAUUAAUUUGACUUUAAUGGAGCUAAACCAACAAAAUAGGUCUAUUUUACCUCCAUUGCCCAAGAAGAGUGAUACCUCUGUUCAUACAACAGUCACGGAGAAAUCAUUGCCAGAGGAAAGCUAAGAACUGGUACUAUAUUGAGGAUGUGUUGAUUGUGUCCAAUGCUGUUAAUAAUGAAAUAUUUCCAACUGAAAAGGGAUGCCCCAUCAACUCAUUCUCCUCCCAGACAUUCACCUCAGCACGCUCUAAAACGGAAAGUGCUACCUAAAGAGACAUUUAAUCUAAAGAGUAUGCAGUUAUGGUGAUCAUAACCAAACAUACCUGAAUAUGUAAUGGGACAUAUUUGAAAACUCCCUUGUAGUUUGAGCUUUCUAUAGGACCUGAGAUGACUGUGCCUGUUUGGGAAGUUGCUUCUCAUUCUUUUCAGUGGGAAAAUAAAGGAUGCUGGAGGGCCUGGGUGGAGAAAUGGCGGCCUUUAUGGCAAAAGAGUACCAAACAAUAAAGAUUUUAAGAAGUAGAUGUGGAACUGUUUUUAGAAUUUUUCAAAAACUAUCUAAACACUCCUUCUCCAUCCCUUCUUCGUUUCUCCUUUCCUUAACAGUCU